AUGGGCGCCGAUCAGAGUAAACGAGUCAAGCCGACACUCGCCGAAACGAGGUACAAAAUCGAGAGGCCAAACGUCAAGAGAAAAGUCCGACCUCCAAAAAUCCGUGAGGAUGAGUGUGGUAUUGAGUGUACAAUGUCACAAAGUCCCUCGUGCAGCUACAUGGAAGGAAGUGUUGAUUCUGGAGUGGAUGCAAGAAGUGAUGGAGACCCAACCGAAGUCGAGCCGAACAUUCAAGCAUUGUCACUGAAAUCGACAAGCUAUGAAUCAGCUCUUUCACGACCAUUGAUGGUUGAAAAACAGACUCACUUUUUGACAAGGCGAGAACGAAUAUUGUUAGAACACAGUUGGAAAAAGUGUAAAAAGACGGGACCUGAACACGUUGGCUCAAAGAUCUUCUUGAUGGUGUUAACAGCACAGCCAGAUAUUAAACCAAUUUUUGGACUCGAGAAGAUUCCCCAGGGACGACUCAAAUAUGAUCCACGAUUUCGACAACACGCACUAGUAUUCAUUCGAACUUUCGACUACGUGAUUAAAAAUAUCGAAUUUCCGGAUAAACUCGAGCAGCAUUUUGAGAAUCUCGGUCGUCGGCAUGUUGCUUUCCAAGGAAGAGGUUUCCAUCCAAUCUAUUGGGAGACUUUUGCUGAAUGUAUGACACAAGCAGCUGUGGAAUGGGAAGCACAUAAGCAGAGGCUCACAUUGAGUGCUUGGAGGACUUUGGUGACCACAGUGAUUACUUCGAUGCGUCGGGGUUUUGAUGAGGAAAACGGGAAACGAAAAUACGGGCUUCUCCCCCGCCGUCUACCCUCUUCAUACAGCUACUCGGGACCCCAUCAACCCCGACGAAUCAAUUUUGCUCGUUUU